GACUUGAUCGCCCACAUUCACGAAGUUGUUGCAAAACUUCCAAUCUGCAGCCUGGGAUUACCAGAUAAAGACGUUUCCAAGGGGGGCACAUCCGUUCACGAAGCCGAAGCAGACCGAUCGCGAGCAUGGCAGAUGAAGCAGUGGUGGUGGAGGAAGGCGCCGGCGCAGCUCAGAGCCCUCUGGUUGCAGUUACCUUCCAGAGAAACGUCCACAGGAAAGAGAAGUACCUGGAGGCUGAGCCCAAAGCUCUGGGGAUCACUCAGAUUGGCCUGAGCGCCUUUCAGAUCACCUGUGAGGCUGUGUUCCUGGCCAAAGACCUGACUCAAAGGGAGAGUGACAUACCUUUCUUCAUUUCGUCUCUGCUGGUGGUAAUAGCUGGGAGUGUGGCUGUAGCAGCACAGAACCUCCACCUGCCAACGCUGAGGGCCUGUUUGGGGAUGCAGAUCGUGGCCUGUGUUGCCUCCGCCUUUAACGUCAUCUUAGUUCUGAUUAAAAUGGAGGACCCGGGCUCUUUCUGCUGGCAUUACUACUACGACAACUUCACUUUACAUUAUGGCGAAACCUGUCGGAAAAUUGAGAGCACCCACUCCCACUUCUACGCUGAGAGUGUGGUCAUCCAGGUGGCUCUGAUGGCCAUCUCUGUCACUUUGGCCAUCUACUGCUGCAAGGUGAUCAACUGCUGUGCGCCGGCCCCCAAAAUGCCAGUGAUCACUGUGCAAGUCCCCCCCGCUCAACAGUGAGGAGACAGACGUACAGCUACAUACCAGUGCUACACAAAGUUAAAGCUAUACUAAUCAAUAUUUUUAUAUUAACGAUGGAUCAAAUGACAAAUGUGUGAUGUGAAAUGGCUCACUAGUAGUGGCAAACCCUCAAAGAGUUCAACUCUGCAGUUCCCCUCCGCUCUGCAGAGCUUUUUAGCCUCUUUUAGCUCAUCGCUUUGGUUCUCCGGCCCGGAAAGUCUUCGCCUUAUCGGCCACUGUGCGGUAGCUGCCCUGCACCAAACAGCAGACAGGUGGCGUUAGAGACCAGCUGGUGAGCACAGUGGAGGAUUUACCAAGCCAGAUGUUUCCGUCCGGAGCUGAUGGAGACCAAAACAGAGCUAAAAGGAGAGUGAAUGACUGCCAAUCACAGCUGACAGAAACAUGACUGAAUGGUGAUCUCGUUCUGUGUCUGCUGAAUGAAUAUGCAAAUGUUUGCUACCACAUAUGUCAUAAGAACAUAAGGUGAUAACAUGUCAAUUUGUGUGUGUGUUACAGUUUGGUAAACUGUACCCAAGUGGUAAAACAGGCAAUGAAUGCAGCUGGAAGAAAGACCAGUAUGUUUAGUAAAGUUACGAUGUCCAUCUAUUUUCACACAGAUCUGUUUUUAUAUGUUCUCCUCAAAUGUUCACUUCAAUCUGUUUUGUCAGUUAAAAUGCUCCAGUAGGCUCGAGGGGCAAACACCUGAGACAUGAACAGGGAAUCAGUGAACCGGCGACGUCAGCUACACAGAAACAUCUAUCCAGAGUUUGCUAGCGUUAGCUCACAUUAGCCACCGCCAGCUACGGCUCAUACCAGGCCAGGUGAUGGCGGAGAAGCAAAGGCCCCUGAGGGAAUUGUGCAUUCGACUGCUUUCGAAUUCACCUUUUCUAUUGUAAGAGGAAGAUUUUUUUCUUCUUUCAGUGGCACACAGUAACGUUUUAACAUGUACUCAGGAACAUCACACAGGCUAAAUAACACAACUGUAUAGAGAUGACACAUAAACUUAAUUUUACCACUUCAAACAGAAGUAAAGUCACAAACUGAUGCACAUUAAUCCUUUUCUAAAAAUGUCUUUGUUUGUAUUUUUGGUUACUCAAUGAUGAUUAUUACAUGAGUAAUGCUUUUCCUGUUGUUUCCUUUGUUACUGCACCUAACGAUCAUUGAUAAUAAAAAGCUAACAAAUGUAAAGGA